ACAUGGUGGUGCUGGAGGUGAGCGGCUCCCUGGCGCAGCCCUCACUGUUUUACCACCUGGGCGUGCGUGAGAGCUUCAGUAUGACCAACAACGUGCUCCUGUGCUCCCAGGCCGACCUGCCAGACCUACAGGCCAUGCGGGAGGAUGUUUUCCAGAAGAACUCGGACUGCAUUGGCAGUUACACACUGAUCCCCUAUGUGGUGACGGCCACCGGUCGGGUGCUGUGUGGUGAUGCAGGCUUGCUGCGGGGCCUGGCUGACGGGCUGCUCCAGGCCGGGGUGGGCACCGAGGCCCUACUCACUCCCCUGGUGGGCCGGCUUGCCCGCCUGAUGGAGGCCAUGCCCACGGACUCUUGUGGCUAUUUCCGGGAGACCAUUCGGCAGAAUAUCCGGCAGGCCCGGGAGCGGUUCAGUGGACAGCAGCUACGGCGGGAGCUGGCGCGCCUGCAGCGGAGGCUGGACAGUGUGGAGCUUCUGAGCCCUGACAUCAUCAUGAACCUGCUGCUCUCCUACCGAGACGUGCAGGACUACUCAGCCAUCAUUGAGCUGGUGGAGACGCUGCAGGCCUUGCCCACCUAUGACGUGGCCGAACAGCACAAUGUCUGCUUCCACUAUACAUUCGCCCUCAAUCGAAGGAACAGGCCUGGGGACCGGGAGAAGGCACUGGCCGUGCUGCUGCCGCUGGUCCAGCUGGAGGGCUCUGUGGCACCCGACCUUUACUGCAUGUGUGGUCGCAUCUACAAGGACAUGUUCUUCAGCUCUGGCUUCCAGGAAGCCAGCCACCGUGAGCAGGCCUUCCACUGGUACCGCAAGGCCUUCGAUGUGGAGCCCAGCCUGCACUCGGGCAUCAACGCGGCUGUGCUGCUCAUCGCGGCUGGCCAGCGCUUCGAGAACUGUGAGGAGCUCCAGCUCAUAGGCAUGAAGCUGGGCUGCCUGCUGGCCCGGAAAGGCUGUGUGGAGAAGAUGCAGUAUUACUGGGAUGUGGGCUUCUACCUGGGAGCCCAGAUCCUCGCCAAUGACCUCGCCCAGGUGGCGAUGGCCGCAGAGCAGCUGUACAAGCUCAAUGCCCCCAUAUGGUACCUGGUGUCAGUGAUGGAAACCUUCCUGCUGUACCAGCACUUCCGGCCCAGCCCAGAGCCUCAGGGAGGACCCCCGCGCCGAGCCUACUUCUGGCUCCACUUUUUGCAACAAUCCUGCCAGCCGCUCAAGACAUCCUGUCCCCAAGGGGACCAGUGCUUAGUGCUGGUCCUGGAGAUGAACAAGGUCCUGCUGCCCGCCAGGCUGGAGGUUCAGGGCACAGAGCAGGGGGGCACCGUGACUCUGAGCCUGAUGGAGCCCGAGAGCCAGGAUGCUGGGACCAGCAGGACAUUGCCAGUGGCCUCCAUCUGCGGUGUGAGCGCGUCCAAGCGUGACGAGCGCUGCUGCUUCCUCUACGGGCUCCCACCGGCUCAGGACGUGCAGCUCUGCUUCCCCAGCGUUGGCCACUGCCAGUGGUUCUGCGGCCUGAUCCAGGCCUUGGUGACAAAUCCGGAUUCCGAGGCAUCUGCGGAGGAGGCCGAGGGCGUGAGGGAGGUCCUGGAGUUUGAUUAUGAGUACACGGAGUCGGGCGAGCGGCUGGUGCUGGGCAAGGGCACGUACGGGGUGGUGUACGCGGGCCGCGAGCGGCGCACGCGCGUGCGCAUCGCUAUCAAAGAGAUCCCCGAGCGCGACAGCAGAUUCUCUCAGCCCCUGCAUGAAGAGAUCGCGCUGCACAGACGCCUGCGCCACAAGAACAUCGUGCGCUAUUUGGGCUCAGCCAGCCAGGGCGGCUACCUCAAGAUCUUCAUGGAGGAAGUGCCUGGAGGAAGUCUGUCCUCUUUGCUGCGGUCGGUGUGGGGACCCCUGCAGGACAACGAGAGCACCAUCAGUUUCUACACACGCCAAAUCCUGCAGGGACUCAGCUACCUACACGACAACCGCAUCGUGCACCGAGACAUCAAGGGGGACAAUGUACUGAUCAACACCUUCAGUGGGCUGCUCAAGAUUUCUGACUUUGGCACCUCCAAGCGACUGGCAGGCAUCACACCAUGCACAGAGACAUUCACAGGGACCCUGCAGUAUAUGGCCCCGGAAAUCAUCGACCAGGGCCCCCGGGGGUAUGGGAAGGCAGCUGACAUCUGGUCAUUGGGCUGCACUGUCAUCGAGAUGGCCACAGGCCGCCCACCCUUCCAUGAGCUCGGGAGCCCACAGGCUGCCAUGUUUCAGGUGGGCAUGUUCAAGGUGCACCCACCAAUGCCCAGUUCUCUGUCAGCUGAGGCACAAGCCUUCCUCCUCCGAACUUUUGAAGUGGACCCCCACCUUCGAGCCAGUGCUCAGGCACUGCUGGGGGAUCCCUUCCUGCAGCCUGGGAAGAGGAGCUGCAGCCCUGGCUCCCCCCGACGUGCUCCGCAGCCCUCAGAUGCUACCUCAUCCAGCCCCACUCCUUCAGUGGACUCGGCCACCCAGUCCCAGACAUUCCCGCACCCUCAGGCACCCUUUCAGCACCCGCCUAGCCCCCCAAAGCGCUGCCUCAGCUAUGGGGGCACCAGCCAGCUCCGGGUCCCCGAGGAGCCAGGGGCUGAAGAACCAGCAUCUCCCCAGGAGAGCUCGGGGCUGAGCCUGCUGCACCAAGAGAGCAAGCGCCGGGCUAUGCUGGCUGCGGUGCUGGAGCAGGAGCAGCACAGCCUGGCGGAGAAUCUGCGCUCAGAGCAGGAACAGGAUUCCUGUCUGGGCAGGAAUCACGUGCAGCAGCUACUGCGCUGCCUUGGGGCACACAUCCACACUCCCAACCGCCGACAGCUGGCCCAGGAGUUGCGAGCACUGCAAGGACAGCUGCAGACCCAGGGCCUUGGGCCUGCGCUUCUGCAGGGACCUCUCUUUGCCUUUCCGAAUGCGGUGAAGCAAAUCCUCCGCCGGCGCCAGAUCCGCCCACACUGGAUGUUUGUGCUGGAUUCGCUGCUCAGCCGUGCUGUGCGAGCUGCCUUGGCGGUGCUGAGCCCAGAGGUGAAGGAAGAAGCAAUCCCUCCGAGGUCAGAGGAACCGAGUAAAGAAGAGGCGUCCCAGCCAGAGCAGCUGGAGACGGUGGUCCAGCCCAGCCCUGCCCCUGUGGAACCUGAGCAGGACUCCCCACUUCUGAUGGUGCAGCUGAGCCUCUUAAGAGCAGAAACGGAUAGACUCCGAGAUGUGCUGGCUGAGAAAGAGCGAGAGUGCCACGACCUGGUGCAGCAGGCUCUCCAGCAGGUGAAGGGACAGGCUGAGAACUCUGCUGUGGCCUCGCAGCCCUCAGCCGCUCUCCUGGGGGACCAGAACCUGGUGCAGUGGCUACAGGAACUGAACGUGGAUGCAGGAACCAUCCAGACGCUCCUGAGUCACAGCUUCACCCUCCACAUCCUCCUGACCUGUGCCAGCCGAGACGACCUCAUCUACACCCGCAUCAGGGGAGGGAUGGUGUGUCGCAUCUGGAGAGCCAUCUUGACACAGCGAGCGGGAUCCACGGCAGCGGCCCUUGGUUCCCGAGAGGCGGAGUAAAGGCAGCAGAGGCAGG